AUGGAUCGAGUUGAGGCAAAGUUGAAGGAACUACUUGCCAAGGACAUCAUCGAGACGGUUUCAGGACCAAGCCGUUGGGUGUCCCCGAUGGUAGUUGUCAUCAAGGACAGCGGAGAUAUACGACUAUGUAUCGAUAUGCGACAAGUGAAUAAAGCGAUCUUGCGCGAGACCUACCCGUUACCAACCAUAGAGGACAUUCGGUGGAAACUGAACGGGGCGAUGUACUUUUCCAGAUUAGAUAUCAAAGAUGCGUUUUAUCAAUUGGAACUUGACGAUGAAAGUUUAUUUCGUUACAAACGACUGGUCUUCGGUAUAUCGUGCGCCCCGGAAAUCUUUCGAAAGAUUAUUGAACAAGUUUUGUCCGAUUGUGAUAACUGUAUAAAUUUUAUUGACGAUAUAAUUAUCGUUGGUAAGAACGAACAGGAACACGAUAAAGCACUUCGAAAGGUUCUGGAUAAACUUAAAGAUUACGACAUACUCCUCAAUCAGCUGAAAUGCGCGUUUAAAUUAACUGAAAUUGAAUUUUUGGGUCACCACUUUAACAAAGAGGGUAUGACCCCGUCGCAAAGUAAAGUAAAAGCUAUCAAGAAUUUUCGUCUACCAGAAAGCUGUGAGGAAGUACGAAGUUUUCUAGGUUUGGUGAACUAUGUCGGCGCAUUUAUUCCGAACUUAGCGACGAUUUCUGCAACGUUACGGGAGCUUACUAAAGACAAGGCUGUAUUCAAAUGGGGAUCAGAGGAAGAAAGUGCAUUUCAGCACAUUGUUCAUCUGAUUGGUAGGGUCGAAACUCUUUCGCACUUCGAUCCGAAGCUUAAGACCAGAGUAGUUGCUGAUGCAUCACUAGUUGCUCUCGGGGCGGUUCUUCUGCAAUUUUACGAAGGGGAACCACGUGUUAUAUCUUACGCCAGCAAAAGUUUAACUGAUACUGAGCGCCGGUAUGCACAGACAGAAAAGGAAGCUUUGGCGUUGGUUUGGGCCGUUGAAAGGUUUCAGAUAUAUCUUUUCGGCAUCCGGUUUGAACUAAAAACUGACCACAAGCCUCUUAAGACAAUAUUUUCACCAAAUUCAUCACCGUGCCUUCGGAUCGAACGUUGGGUUCUUCGGUUACAAGCGUUUAGCUACGAUGUAGUGUAUAGAAAAGGGAAAUCUAAUAUCGCGGAUCCCCUAUCGCGACUAUCAAGAUCAUCCGAUGCCGAAGCUUUUGACCCAGAUUCUGAAGUCUACAUUCGUAGUGUAUUAGAGCUGGCUGCGAUAGAUAUAGAUGAAUUCGAAGCAUCAUCCGCAAAUGAUCCAGAGUUGAGCGAGUUACGUGAAUGUUUGAACCGUGGGAUAUGGAAUUAUUCGUCUGAUUGUAUCAAGCCUUACCAUGCGUUCCGGAACGAGCUCGGAAAAGUAGGAGAUCUGAUAGUUCGAGGAUCUAAACUUAUUGUUCCAAAAGGCCUGCGACAGCGUAUGUUGCAGUUGGCACACGAGGGUCACCCAGGUCAAACAAAAAUGCAGCAACGGCUAAGGUAUACUUAUUGGUGGCCAGGUAUGGACGAUACAAUUGCUCGUACAGUUAACUCUUGCGAAGGAUGUCGCCUUGUUAGCCUACCGGAACGCCCUGAGCCAAUGCAGAGACGAAUGCUUCCGGAUACACCGUGGUGUGAUGUAGCGAUAGAUUUUCUUGGGCCAUUGCCAUCGGGUGACUAUCAUCUGGUAAUCAUCGAUUACUUUAGUAGAUAUAAAGAAAUCGAAAUUCUUCGCAAAAUAACGGCGAGUGAAACAGCCGCACGUUUGGAACCCAUCUUUGUUCGCCUGGGCUAUCCUCGGACUAUCACCUUAAACAACGGUCGUCAGUUCGUCAGUAGAGAAUUUGAAGAGUACUGUGACCAUCGUGGAAUUAUACUUAAUAAAACCACGCCGUAUUGGCCCCAAGAGAACGGACUCGUAGAACGACAAAACCGCGAUUGGAGGAGUACAACCGGGAAAACACCAGGGGAACUGAUGUAUGGCAGGAAUAUACGAACAAAAUUGCCAUCUUUGCGUGAUGUUACUACUUCAGUUCCGACAACUGAUUAUAGAGACAGAGAUCAACAGUUGAAAGAGAAGGGAAAGGAUCUGGAGGACUCGCGUCGUAACGCCAAACCGUCAGGAAUUGAAAUCGGGGAUAAGGUGUUGAUGAAAAACGUGCUACCUAGAAACAAGCUUACUCCCAAGUUUGAUCCGACUGUAAUGCAGGUUACAGCUAAACAGGGACCACGAGUAACCGUCCAGAACUGUGAGACGGGGAAAACGUACGAUCGAAAUUCAAGCCAUUUGAAGAAGCUUUUAGCGGAAGACAGUACUGUACAAGAUACACCGGAGUCAACCGAUAAGGGGGUAGAUAUUGAUUCAGCGCAGGACACGACCAGUACCCAACGUCUGGAACCACCUAGUUCCUGUAACGAUAAAUUAGUCAAGCGGUCGCAGCGGAAAAUCAAAAGGCCAAGCCGUUUCGAAGAUUGUUUGUUGAAGUUUUAA